UUUUUCCUAAUAUCAUGUCCAAAUUUUGUUAAAAACAGGAGGAGAAUCCAAGCAGGACAUCCAUUUGGCCUUUCCUAAGAAAGAACUAAAAAAAGGCAUGUCAGUAACCCUAUAGAUCUGGUACAUCAAGCUUCGGCAGAGACUUGUGAUACUGAAUGUUCCAAAAUGGCAACCCAAGUCUCUCCUUCACUAGCCCCACUUCUCCUCUUUGCAAGAAUCUCAGGUCUUUUAGCAGCAGCUUUAGUCAUUUCUUGGGCUCUUGUUUUCAAGUCUAGCUUUCUGCCUCAAUCCACCUCUCAAGAAGACCUCAUUUACGCUGUUCUCCAUCCCUUGCUGAUGGUGAUUGGUUUCAUUCUCAUCAGUGGAGAAGCAAUUUUGGUACAUAAAUGGUUGCCUGGUUCAAGGGGUUUCAAGAAAUCAGUGCAUUUGUGUCUUCAAGGAUUGGCUUUGGCUUGUGGGAUUUUUGGGAUUUGGACAAAGUUUCACGGCAACGAUGGGAUCGUGGCAAAUUUCUUUAGUUUGCAUUCUUGGAUGGGUUUAAUCUGCAUUUCCUUGUUUGGAGCUCAGUGGUUGAUGGGUUUCAUGAGCUUUUGGCAUCGAGGCGAAAUGCGGACGGUGAGGAUAACAGUGUUACCAUGGCACAUCUUUCUUGGUCUCUACACAUACGGGUUAGCCGUGGCAACAGCAGAAACUGGACUGCUGGAAAAGAUUACAUUCUUGCAAACAAAGAAAGACGUGUCGAAACACACUCCAGAAUCCAUGGUUGUUAAUAGUUUAGGACUGAGCUUGGCUUUACUGAGUGGUAUUAUAAUACUAGCUGCGGUCUCUCCCAGGUUUCAAAGUUUUCGAAGUGAACUUACGUAUUCUGAGUCAAAGAAAUUGAUGACAUCUAUGACUUCAUCCCUUAACUUUUGUUGGCUAACACGGGAUGGGGUUGUAAAACCUUCACGGAAGAUUUGGCUUCCUACGAGGCUCAAAUGGACUGGAUUCUACGGGGAGGGUGGUUCAAUUAAGUCUAGCAAAACCAACGAAGGAUCGAAAAAAGUGACUGCAGAAAAAAUGGAUGUUCCGGUGAUUAGGUUUCCGACUAUAACUAUGAUGGUGAGAGUAAUCGGAGUGUUGGUGGCUGCUUUCGUUCUAAUUUGGACCUUCCAUUUCAGAGGAGGCCUGGCUCUUUCAUCUGACAACAAAAGCCUCAUCUUCAAUGUGCAUCCUGUUCUUCUGGUGAUUGGUCUUGUUCUCUUGAAUGGUGAAGCGAUGCUAGCUUACAAGACUGUAUCAGGAACUAAAAGUUUCAGAAAGAUAGUGCAUCUGACAAUGCAAUCUAUGGCAUUUUGUUUAAGCAUAAUAGGAGUCUGGGCUGCUUAUAAGUUCCACAGUGAGAAGGGUGUUGAUCAUUUCUACACUCUGCAUUCAUGGCUGGGCUUAACUUGUUUAUUCCUCUUUGGUACUCAGUGGGCUGCUGGCUUUUACACGUUUUGGUAUCCUGGUGGUUCAAUAUACAGUAGAGCUGCUCUACUUCCCUGGCAUGUAUUCUUCGGGAUUUAUAUAUAUGCACUUGCUGUUGCUACUACUGCCACAGGAAUUCUAGAGAAAGCUACAUUCUUGCAAACCCACAACAUAACAUCGCCCUACUCCACUGAGGCAUAUUUGAUUAAUUCCCUGGGUAUGCUGGUUGUGGUUCUUGGUGGUUGUGUAAUACUUGCCAUAGUUACACCUAUGAGUGCUAAAGGUGAUGCUUUUAGAACACAAGAGUAUCAAAUGCAAUAUCCUUCUGUGUAAUUACAGACAUGUGUUGUUGUAGAAUGAUUCUUUCAAGAGUGACUUUGGUCUGUUUAGCGGAGAAUCUUUGCUGGCCAA